UGAUGACGUAGUGGUAGUGGUAGCGCGUGUUUCAGCUGGGUUUGGGGUCGAGAUGUAUUCUUAGAAGCGACGCGGGACCGUGGGGGUGUCCGAGUUGACUCCCCCGCGUAGAUUCCUUUUGGCGUCCCCGCUAAAUGUGAUAUUUUUUUUCCAACCAGUCGGGAGAGGGAAACGGAGCCGAGGUUCUUUGGGGACAGAGCCGGGGCCUGGGAAGGGAAGGGAACAACUACGAGCAAAAAGGGGCGUCUGGGGGCUGGGUGGGGAAGAGUGGGGAGGGUCCCUGCGCUUUGGGGCCCAACAGUGCGGCAUCCAGGCAGGUCGGAGAAGGGCCUGGGGCAGCGGCGCGAUGUUGGGGGCCCGGUGCCUGCUCCGAACGCUGCGCUUCUGUUCCACUGCUACCUGCCCGAGGCACACAACUUCCACCAAAUUGAGCGUGCGGGAGGCUCUCGGGUCUCAGAACGCGAGUGGGGAGCGCGUUAAGGUCCAGGGAUGGAUUCGUUCAGUCCGUUCCCAGAAGGAAGUCUUGUUCCUGCAUGUAAAUGAUGGAUCGUGUUUGGAAAGCCUUCAGGUUGUAGCAGAUUCAAGCUCUGACACUAGAGACCUAGCUUUUGGAAGUUCUGUGGAAGUUCAAGGGCAGCUGGUAAAGAGUCCAUCCAAAAGGCAAAAUGUGGAACUGAAAGCAGAAAAAAUUGAAGUUGUUGGAAAUUGUGAUGUCAAGGCUUUCCCUUUUAAAUAUAAAGAGAGGCAUCCUCUGGAGUAUCUGAGACAAUAUCCUCACCUUAGAUGUAGGACUAAUGUCCUGGGUUCUAUAUUGCGGGUUCGCAGUGAAGCCACGGCUGCUAUUCAUUCUUUCUUCAAGGACAGUGGCUUUGUGCAUAUCCAUACUCCAGUAAUCACAUCUAAUGAUUGUGAGGGGGCUGGAGAACUUUUUCAGGUUGAACCUUCAAGCAAAAUAAAGCUACCUGAGGAGAAUUUCUUCAAUGUUCCUGCUUUCUUAACUGUCUCAGGACAACUUCACCUAGAAGUGAUGUCAGGAGCUUUUACUCAAGUGUUCACCUUUGGUCCUACAUUCCGAGCAGAGAAUUCUCAGAGUCGGAGACACCUGGCAGAGUUUUAUAUGGUAGAAGCAGAAAUUUCUUUUGUUGAAAGCCUUGGAGACCUCAUGCAGGUGAUGGAGGGUCUCUUUAAGACUGCCACAAUGUCAAUUCUCUCCAGUUGUCCUGAAGAUAUUGAACUAUGUCACAAAUUCAUAGCUCCUGGCCAGAAGGACAGACUAGAACAUAUGCUGAAAAACAACUUUUUAAUCAUUUCUUACACUGAAGCAGUGGAGAUCUUAAAGCAGGCAUCCCAGAACUUCACUUUCACCCCAGAGUGGGGUGUGGAUCUACACACUGAACAUGAAAAGUAUCUAGUGAAGCACUGUGGCAACAUACCAGUCUUUAUUGUUAAUUAUCCAUUAACGCUCAAGCCUUUCUACAUGAGGGAUAAUGAAGAUGGCCCUCAGCACACAGUUGCUGCUGUUGAUCUUCUGGUUCCUGGAGUUGGAGAACUCUUUGGAGGAAGCCUCAGAGAAGAACGGUACCAUUUCUUAGAGCAGCGACUGGCAAGAUUAGGACUAACAGAAAUAUACCAGUGGUAUCUGGACCUCCGUCGAUUUGGAUCUGUGCCACAUGGAGGCUUUGGGAUGGGAUUUGAACGCUAUCUGCAGUGUAUCUUGGGAGUUGACAAUAUCAAAGAUGUUAUCCCUUUUCCAAGAUUUACUCAUUCAUGUCUUUUAUAGCUGGAAGACUGCUUAAAGAAAAUCACCACAUGCCAGAGGUACUCCAUAUGAAUGUACAUAUAGGAAAAUGUAUACUUGAAUUUUAGAAAUGCAGAUAUUUGGGAUAUGGAAUGGUCAUGCCAUAAGGUAUAACAUAUGAAAAAUAGAAGUGAUCAUGACUUCUUAAAAAAUUGAGGACAAUUCUUGGAAUGAUGAAGUCCCUCAAGGAAAGGUUCUUAUGGCAAGUGGAACCUCUCAAAUCUGUUAUGUCAAUAAGAAAUGAAGAAAAGCUACUAGAAGAAAUGCAAAUGCCCUUUCAAACUCUAAUAAGACAGGAUGAAAUAGUGCAUUUACUUUGCUUUACUCAUUAGAUCACUGCCAUGUGUGAUCUUUGAGAAACAAGAAGUAGCUACAAAUAAAACAUUAUUUGGAUCUUU